GACUUUGAAAGGAUGAGAACGACCCCGACCCACUCCACCCGAAAAUCCAUCGCUCUACUACUCUCUCUCACCGCUUCCACUUUCUCAAAGUUCCCACAGUAAAACUUUUCAAUUUCUCUUCCUUAUAAGCUAGUGUUCUUGCCAAGAAAAACCCACAAAAAACUGCCUUGGAAAGCAUUUUGUGUACUUUGUUUCGUUUAAAUCAGUAAAGCUGGCGAUUGAUAAUCAAGAAUCCGGUGUCCGUGAAAUCAAGCCCAAGAAUAGACGAAUCUCGGUACUAGUUCUUAGUAGAAAUUCGAGUUUUUGGGGGGCUGGAGGGCCUAAUGAGGAGGACAACAGGUGGCCGCCAUGGCUGAAACCUUUGUUGAAGGAACGUUUCUUUGUUCAGUGCAAGUUUCACGCUGAUUCCCACAAAAGUGAAUGCAAUAUGUACUGCUUGGACUGCAUGAAUGGCCCUCUCUGUUCACUCUGUUUGGCUUAUCACAAGGAUCAUCGUGGAAUUCAGAUAAGGAGGUCCUCAUACCAUGAUGUUAUCAGAGUUUCCGAAAUUCAGAAGUAUCUAGACAUAAGCUCUGUUCAAACAUACGUAAUCAACAGCGCGAAGGUUGUCUUCCUGAAUGAGAGGCCACAGCCAAGGCCCGGUAAAGGCGUAACGAACUCUUGCGAAGUCUGCGAACGGAGCCUUCUCGACUCCUUCAGAUUCUGCUCUCUUGGUUGCAAGAUGGUUGGGACAUCGAAGACGAAGAAAGGGGUUGCAAUGGCCUCAUCAGACUCCGAAGACUCGUACGGGCGGCUGAAUGGUGUUGUUAGCUUCAGUCUGUCAACGCCGCCUCCUGCUGCCAAGCGAAGAAAGGGAAUUCCCCAUAGAGCCCCUACGGGAGGACUUAUCAUAGAAUAUUAGCCACCCACACCACCACUACCCACCUAAUUCCCCUGAUAGAUACACAACAUAAUGCCCACCAAAUACUGGAUCGAUAGUACACGGAAGCAGCUACUAAUACAAGGGGGAAUUGUAAGAUACAACGUUGUAAGAUUGGGAAAUAAGUUUGUUUAUGAAAUAUCAGAUGUAAAUAUGGGAUAGAAUGCUAAAGUGACAAUAAUAAUGCAGUAUUGUUAUAUAACACACUGCUUUUUGCAACUC